AUCCAGAUCUUUGGGACCAUUCUGUUUCCAAAGGAUUUAAAUAUUCUCUUUCAUUAAGUUGAAUGAAAAGAAAUCUCUGUUUUGAUAUAAAUAUCUUUUUUUUUUUUUUAUCCCUUUGAGUCUGUAAUUUGGAACGAUUGCUAUGAAUUCAGAUAGGCCAAAGAAUACCUUGAAGAACUCCAAUUGUGCUGCUGAAUAUCUGCAAACAAUGCGUCGCUUUCAACCAAAUGCAAUAAUGCUCCAACGAAAGACCUAAACGUCGAGUCAAACCUGCUACAACGUGAAGCAGUCGGCAUGUUCGGUCGUGUAGAGUGAAUAUAUUUUCCCUGAGGCCUUACAAGUAGACUUAGCGUGUCCCUCUUUAUAUGUUCCGUGUCAAGCGGAGACUGAAGUGAGUAUGUUUUGUCCACCGACAUCCUUCCAUUUCCUUUUUUGGUAAAGUAUAAAUACCACUUAUCUCGGCUAAAAAUUGUCCCCGUCUCUCCAACGCACAACUGGUUAUGCAAAGUGUAAGUAGGCUCCUCUCGUGUAUGUCAAGCAUUUUAUUGUAGCUAUUUAAUUUCUAUCUAGCAGCUCUGAACAAUUUCUAGCAUGCGAUACAUUAAUGCCUGUGAUGUGUUUCUCUCAAAGUCACAAAGACAAUUUCAUGCACUCUCCAACACUUGAGCACCUUGUUAUUGAGAUAUUAUUUAAGGCAUUGUCGGGCUCUAUGUAAUUACGCACACACACGGCAGACAUUAAAAUAAGAUCUCAGGCAUAAACAAAGAGGCAGACUAUCAUGACAUUCAACCUUGAUUUUCUUUGCCCCUUUGGACUAAACAUCUGGCUGACAAUGUGAUGCCGUGCAAGACGCCUAGUUGGAUUGAUGCUAUCGGACUAUCAGAGUGGGAGGAUACACUUUUUAUUCAACAACUUUCAACCAGCAGACAUCAGCUUUGUGUGUGUGAAGAUGUCUUGGAAAAUGUUCUUAUUCUGAAGGUGUGAAAUGUUGCUUUAUAUAUCAAUGCAUCCAGCGUUGCUCGCGACAAAGAAAAUACAGUAAAUCUUUGAAAUACAAAUACUUUUUCAACCACCCAAAUGCAUUCACCAAAGCAUAGCUUUGUAUGUGGAGGAGUUCAGGUACUCUGUGGAGUACCAUGUCUGGUUUAUCUCAGUGUUCGGUUCCUGUUUUAACAUCCGUGCACUUAUUUUUUUCGACUUCUGUGUCUUGCAUUACGUUUAGCUCCCUCACAGGUUCUUUGUCAUAUUCUGUGUUCUUUGAAUACAACUUCUCGGGUGCCGCAGCUAUAUCUUUAACAUUAUCUGCAAACUAAACUUUUAGAUCGUUAAUCUGAAACCAUCAGAAUUAUAUUGCCAAACUCAAGCUUUUUGUUAAUGUUCAAGUUAUAUCACAACUCACCAUAUUUUGAAGCUGAGCUUUGAAUAAAACAAAGUUUGUGAGGCGACAUUAGUGCCGCUGAUAAGCAAUGAAAGCAGGCCCCGGCGCUCACGCUGCCUCUCCUUGUGUUUAAUGUUUAACGUGUUUCGCCUGUUUCGCCCUGCCCUUGUUGGCGGGAGGAGGACAUUUGUGGGAGAGCGGUGUUGGCUAACACUAUGCUCUGACUGAGGUAAAACCAACCCCUCUGAACUAGAACCUGAGACGACUCUCUGGGAUCCCAGAUGAUCAUCAGGAGCUGAGCUACGGCUGGAGGCCACACACUGGACUUUUUGUGUAUUUAGAUCCAAGUGUAGAAGGCUCAUUUUCUUCUAUAUAUCGUCACGGAGGGAUGCACCUACUGUGAUUUGGAGCACACCUCUCCUGGGACACUACUCUUCCAAAAAUCCGGGAUUACUUUACACAGAAAGAGGAGCCGGCUAUGUAAGUUGUUAUCUUGGAAACCAGCUCACUUCUGGUUCUUGGCGGUAAGAGAUUUCGCCCAGCAGACCUGAUAAGGACAGAAUCAAUACCGGGGAAAUCAGAGCUCACCCCUCCGUAACCAUGAAUGAGGAAAUAGACAAAGACUGGAGUAAGCUUGAACCCAACUACUCCGUCAAAAUCUUCCUGACAAUCUUCUACAGCCUCAUCCUGGUGACGGGUAUCGUGGGGAACUCGGUCACCAUCAGAGUGACUCAAGUGCUGAAGCGUAAUGGCUACCUGCAGAAGAACGUCACCGACCACAUGGUUAGCUUGGCGUGCUCGGACCUCCUGGUGCUCCUCAUCGGCAUGCCGGUGGAGCUCUACAGCGCUAUCUGGUUUCCAUUCUCAACAGCAGAAGGCAACGCUUCUUGUAAGAUCUACAACUUCCUGUUCGAGGCCUGCAGCUACGCCACGAUCCUCAACGUGGCCACGCUUAGCUUCGAACGCUACGUGGCUAUCUGUCACCCGUUCCGCUUUAAAGCCUUGGGCGGCAGACGUACCUCGGCCCUGAUCGCCUUUGCCUGGGUGGUGUCCGUGCUCGUGGCUCUGCCGUUGCUGGUUGCCACGGGAACACAGGGACACAUUCCCUUCCGGGCAGAGACACCGGUCCAGAAUCUGACUUUCUGUACAAACCUGAGGGAGCACUGGGUGAUGUACAGAGUCAGCAUCUUUUUGGCUUUCAUUGUCUACAUGGUCGUGUUGAUCUGUGUGGUCUUCAUGUGCCGGGCCAUGGUCCUCGUCCUUCAGAAACCUUUGCAGUCCAUGGACGGCCCCGUCCAAGGAAGUCCGAGAGAGCCCAAGCAUGAAAGUUCAAAGGUCAAGACAGCCAGGAGGCAGAUCAUCAUUUUUCUUGGCCUCAUCGUGGCAUCCUUGAUGGUGUGCUGGCUUCCCACCCAGAUCCGUCGCCUGAUGAUGGCCGCCGUGCCAAAGUCCAGCUGGACCAUUUCCUACUUCCGGAGCUACGUCACCCUCCACCCUGUGGCCGACUCCUUCUUCUACCUCAGCUCCGUGCUCAACCCGUUCCUCUACAACCUCUCCUCCAGACAGUUCAGGGAGGUUUUCGUCCAGGUGCUGCGCUGCCGCCUCACCAUCGAACACAUCAACAAGCGCACAGUGCGGAGCGCCAAGGCGGGGUCCGCCCGCUCCCUACGGCCCCUGCUGAUGAAGUCGAUGCGGCGCAGCGGGGGGGCGAACCGUCCCAGCCUCCCGCAGGACAAAACCCCACCCGCUCUUACAACCUUCCACAGCCAAAGUGACUCAGGAGUGGCUUCAAAUACGCAAACCUCCCUCAGCCUGACUGAAGAGUACGAUAACAUUCCCACAACAAGGAGAAAUGUACCAUCAGAGACUGAAAUAUAGUGUGCUGUAGAAUUUAAUGCAACAGAAUGAACGGUAAAAUUACACCUGCUUGUGCUGUGCCAUCAUGAACAAAUAAAAAUAAAUCCCUAAUACAGAGUGAACAAUUUUGCACAAUAGCAAGCUUGAUGGGAAACAGCAAGAAAUUGUUAUCAUGUGAGAAAAUUAUUAUACUAAAGUUGAAAUAUUCAGUUAGCACGAAGAACCCCACAGCUUAAGUUAAAGUUAAAAGUACCCAGCCGAGUUUUUGAACAGUAGUGCUGCUCCUUUCAGAUACUCACAUCUCACAUCUCACGGCCCGCUGUAACACAAACACACUCACAAGUAAGCAGGAGCGACACAUUGUACUUUACUGUGGGAGCUGUGCGCCGGCGGCAGCUGCAGUGUAGCAGCUCAGUCGACAAGCACCGGCCAAAAGUACUUAAAUUCACCACCAUUCAUUAUUAGCACUCAUUAUUACCCAUUUCAGUAUUCAGAUGCCUUCAUCAUCUUUCAAGAAGUCAGAAAAUGCAGUAAACAAGUAAUCCGUUUUGUAGAGCUAGCAGGAAAUAAAAUGACAUUUUUUUUGUUUGUUGUUAAAAAAACUACUUCACUAAGGUUAGUGGCUAACGUUAGGAAUCGAUGGAGCCCGUGGAUAAGAGAAACACAUGCUUCAUGGUAGAAUAUUGGAAAAGAACGGCAAUCUCCUGUUUUAAAAUUGGAUGUCUUCUAGCUGCGCAGGAGAUUUUAUCAGGGUCUCUAAAUUAAUUUUUGAAAUUCUUUCUGUCAACAUAUACUUAAAAUGUAUUCUGAAAAUACACCGUUGAGCCACAUGAA